AGUCGCUAGAAUGGGUUCAAAGUGGGUUUGUUUGAUAGCUAUUGUGUCGGUACUACACUCGAAUCCAGUCAAGGGUUCAGCAGAAGUAAUGAGUCACGUCACUGCACAUUUCGGGAAGGCUUUAGAUGAAUGCCGAGAAGAGUCAGGAUUGACAGCGGAUAUCCUGGAGGGAUUCCAGAAUUUCUGGAGCGAAGAUUUCGAUGUUGUCCAUAGAGAGCUGGGCUGUGCUCUCAUUUGUAUGUCUAAUAAAUUCACACUUAUGCAGGAAGAUGCCAGAAUGCAUCACGUUAAUAUGCACGAUUAUAUAAACAGUUUUCCGCAAGGUGAAUUACUGUCAACAAAAAUGGUUGACCUAAUGCAUAAUUGUGAGAAGCAAUUUGACGAUAUCGAAGACGACUGUACUCGUGUGGUUAAGGUGGCUGCUUGCUUCAAGGUGGACGCGAAAAAGGAAGGCAUCGCACCUGAGGUUACAAUGAUAGAGGCGGUUUUAGAAAAGUAUUAAUAAUAUAUAAACCCUCAGAUAUUGUAUAUAAACGCUUGAUAAUGAGAAUGUGAAAUAAAAAACAAAACACUAGCGCGUUUGUUUGUGUGUGCCACCAUCAUCUUUAGUUAAGCGAUAAGAUAGUAUUCCCCACUUACACAAUUUCUAGAUUUUUUAUAGAACAGCGGGUAAACGACAAGCCACUUGUUGUUAAGUGAUACCGCCCAUGGUGAUACCCAUGGAAACUCUCAAACCCAUAGCUACGCUAAUUAAAACACGACAUUAAGUACAUAAGUACUUUGCUUAAGUGUUAGGUGAAGCAACGAUUAAAUAUAAUUGUUAACCACUACUAUGACGCUACCAAAUACGGCUUUUAAAUUGUCUAGAUUUUAGCAAAAUAAUGAUUGUACAGAGUGUUAAUAAUAUUAUUAUAACCUAAUAUAUUGAUUUAAGUUACCAAUUGAUUUAUACUUGACGACCUAUGCCUGUAUUACGGACUUGAAAUAAAAUGUAUAUUCCUGUA